UAUGGAGUCGCAGGAAUGUUUGGAUGGGAUUAGAUGAAAGAUUAGAAUGAGAGAGUUGCAGAUACGAAUACGGGAAGUGAAAUCACUUCGUUCGAGAAAUUUUACAAUUUUUGAAAAGCACUGAAAAACUAUGAUUCUUCAUUUAAUGCUUUGGGAUUGCCGUUAUGGUGAAGAUGAAAAAUACCUGAAAAACGCUGAUUUUGAAGAUGGCCGUUGUUUUAGAAAGGAAAAUACUAUUUACAUUUCAAGAGUCAGAUUACCUCUUUUCGAAAAGAUGAUAAAAAUACUUUUGAAAUAGCAAAAAUAAAAUUGAACUUAUUAAUAAUAUCGAUGCUCCAAUAUACAGGCAGACGAUUGCUAUUAAGAGACUAAUUACUAAAAUGUCCUUGAUGAAAAUAGUAAAAAUUUCGAGCUUCUCAAUAACAUCCAAAAACUUUGCUCACAUCCUGACCAAAGGUAUUUCCCUUGAAGAAUUAGAGGUAUCUCGAUGAAUCAUAUCUGGCCCUAUUAUCAAACCUGGUGCCAGUGAAAGAGCUUCAAAACUGAAGACUGUCAGGAUUACAUGAAGAAUAACUCUUUCUCAUAAAAUCUUACUAGAAUUAAAGGACUAUGACAACAUUUUAGUAAACAUGUGCCAAUGGUUAUCCAAGAACGUUCGAAAAGAAGCCUUCUUUUAUCUCUACGGUAUAGAAUAUACGACAUGAAAGGAGCUAAAAGACAAGUAUUGCUUAAGAAGAGUUAAACCUAGUAAAAAUUUACGCUAUGACUAUUAUCAAGGAGAGUAA